AACAAAUGCAUUUGAUCUGAAAAGGUUUGCGAGCGCUCAAUGGAAAAUAAUAGAAUUUAUCUUCUUCUAGCUAUUUUAGGAAUACUGUUUCUUAGCUCCAAGAAGCUGGUUUCUGCAAAACUGCAUGACAGCUAUAAUUCACAAAAACCUUCCGGAGAACAUGUAGCCUUGCACUAUGAUCAACCAAAUGAACACAGACUCUUCCAAAUCAAUGGACUAUAUAAAUCAGGGCUUAGGCAGAGAGGGGGCUACAGUAUAGAAAGGAAAGACUCGCUGGCCGAAGAAACCGUAUCUGAAAAGACAACAUCUUACUGUCCUAUCAAUGUCACAGAAAAUGGUAACACAUGUCUACUCUUUGGAUUUAAAAGGAUAUUGAUAACAUUUAAAAAUCACACUCAACUGGACCUGACUGAUAAAAAUACUGCUCUGUUCAAUGCUAUGGAUAAUGAGAAAUCACAGUGCAAUGAAGAAAAUGCUACACUUUCAUUAAAGUUUUUCCGCACUGGAGAUAUGAAUGGACUUACAUUAAGGUUUCUCUUAAUAAAAAGCUAUUACAAACUCUCUGUUCAAAACUGGUUCAGACUACAAAGCGUCCAGAUUCUUGUCAAUGAAUCCGUGCAAGAGACGUUCAAUGCUACGAGAAUCUUUGCUCCCACCAGCUAUUCCUACCACUGUGACCUUGUCAGCUCUCUGCAGAAAUACGAGGGGCUCUUACUACGUAACUCUGCAAAUGGCAGCUCAAAGUUGUGGGAUGUCACAUUCCUGGACUUUCAGAUACAAGGAUUUACCAUUGAAGAUGGACAGUUUGCAUUCGCCAAAGAUUGUAGGACCUAUUUUUCUCCCGCCAUUUUGAUGGGUCUUGUGAUGUCCCUUAUCUUACUGCUUGUUUUGGCCUAUGCCCUCCACAUGCUCAUCCAUCUGAAGUCCGUCGACAGACAGUAUCAAAGGAAACCGUCCACAGUCUAUUUCCCCAAGACAAACGACAAUUUACUGGAAGAUGAGAGAGAGCCUCUCAGAGGGAAUCUACAGGAUUUCUAUGAACUGCGACAGCAUGAAUAUUGUAAACUUCACAUGCAGCAAUGUACAUCUGUUCCCUAUUAACACUACAAUUGGCCAUUGUUCCCUCUGUGUAUUUAUGUUAUUUUGAUUUCGUAUUAAGCACAGUUUCCAAGAAAUUACUCCCCAGAUAAAGAGGUUAUAAAACAAACUCUUAUGCAACAUAGUACCUUUGGAACCGAAGGCCCUGCUACAAUGUUUUGAGACAAUAAAGAUUCUAAGCCAAAAAAGAAAUAAUAUAAAUCCAUACAUUAUUUUAUCAAUUAUUCCCCCAAAAUUAUACA